AUGUCCUCAUAUCCUUCCUUACCUUCUGAAAAGGUGCUAGUCACCCCUGAAGUGCACCAUGGGAUGGAGCCAGAUGACGAAGGAUUGAAGGACUCUCCCAGAGCGUCAUCGCUGCAGUUCAAAGGCAAGUAUUGCAUGGCAUCGUCUCGAUACCCAAUCUUCUCCGAGCUCAGUAUUUUUGAUAAGCUCCUCACACCCCUCAUCAUUGUGACAAUGGUAGUGGGUGUCGUGCUAGGAGAGUACGUCCCCUCAAUCAAAGACGGACUGGAUGCUGCAAAGUUUCAUAACGUGUCGUUGCGUAUGUAUCCUCCGUCGUCUAUGAUCUCUCCUCGCCUGACAAGACAUGUAGCCAUAGCCAUCGGUCUCAUCGUCAUGAUGUGGCCCAUUCUCACCAAAGUUCAAUACGAGCGCUUACCGGCACUCUUCAAGUCCAAACAACUUUGGAUCCAUAUUGGCAUAUCCCUCGCCAUCAACUGGACAGUGGGACCCUUCUUGAUGCUUGGUCUGGCUUGGGCGACACUUCCCGAUCUGCCCACCUACCGAACUGGCGUUAUCAUGGUCGGGAUUGCUCGCUGCAUUGCGAUGGUCAUGAUUUGGAACGACCUUGCACGGGGAGAUGCAGACUAUGCAGCCAUCCUGGUUGUAGUUAACGCAGUUCUACAGAUUAUUCUGUACUCACCAUUGUCUCUGCUUUUCAUCAACGUCAUCGGAAAUACAGACGAUGGGAGGCUGCAUUUGGAUUACGGAAACGUCGCGAUUUCAGUCUUGAUCUAUCUCGGUAUCCCCCUUGCAGCCGGCAUCGUCACUCGCUUUGUCGUGUGGAAGCUGACCAGCAAGGAGUUCUUCGAGAAGAAGUUCCUUCCCUUCUUUGGUCCACUGGCUCUUUUGGGUCUUCUUUACACCAUUCUCGUCCUCUUCGCCUACCAAGGUCAAAACAUUGUCGCCAACGUCCGCCCUGUUUUCAGAGUCUUCGUUCCACUCAUUGUUUACUUUGUCCUCAUGUGGUUCCUGACGUUUUUCUUCGUCUUCUACUUGUCGAAGAACAAGGAUCAAAAGAAGCGAAGUAUGUUCACGUACGAGAUGGCCACAGUGCAGGCGUUUACGGCUGCCAGUAACAAUUUCGAACUGGCCAUUGCUGUGGCCAUUGCUGUUUACGGAGUCAACUCGGAGCAGGCACUCGCUGCGACGAUUGGCCCGCUCAUUGAAGUACCCGUGCUUCUUGCCCUAACCUGGGUCUCCCUUUACCUCCGACACAAGCUCAACUGGCCAACUGUGGCUAAUGUUACCCUCAAUGACAAAAAUUAA